AUGUAUUUCAUUAACUCGUUCGGUAAGAUUUUGAUCUGGUGAGAGCGUAGGCGGGUGUCGGGAUUUCGAUGAAAAACAGAUUUCUAUAUGAAUUCAAAUGUUUUUCUUUUCAGAUUUCCUGAGCUCGUGCCUCUCGACGCACUGUCUCAACAACGGAACUUGCGCGAAUGGCACCGGCGCCUACCGCUGCAUCUGCCCGCCGACAUUCCACGGUCCAUUCUGUCAGUGUACGUGUGAGAACAAGAACACUUUGGGGAGUUGAAUAGAAGGAAAGGGUCUUAACGUAGAAAACAGGGGAAGGAAUUUGAAUGGAUGAGCAGAAGAAGAGAAUGAAUGGGAAAGGGGUUUAACACGAGUGUUUUGUGGGAUUGGACGGGGCCCCUCUUUUUGUUUGGAAGGUGCUCCAUCAGGACACUUUGAAACAAGAAGAUGCCGGCCUUCGACGUCGCUGAACGUAUUCGAUCGAUGUUUCCAGUUGACGUCAACGCCACCAACUACAGUUGGAGCGCCCUGGAAGUUGCCCUUCUUUUCUUCGUCAUCUUCAUGAUCGCCUUCGCCAUUUUCAUCGUCUGCUGCGCGUAAGUCCUCCUUUCCCAAACACUUUAUACUGAUUGUUCUGUGUUUAGAUGCCAUUUUCCUUUCAGUUCUUCCAACCGCAUGGGAUUCUACAUCAGUGUGCCGAACAAGCAUUACAACAGGUUAGUUGAUGGGACCAGGAACUGCCCGAGGGGAUCUGGUGACUCGAAGCAAAACAUCAAAAGCCAAAUCGCAUUUUGAUGUCAUAACUUUUAUUUUUGCAGAUGGGCCGAGGAGGACGAUAUGUUUGAUGACCUCCCCACGGAGAAUGGAGAGCAGCUCAUGGCGAUGGCCGACAUACGAAAGUGUGUUUUUAGAUGUUUCGCGAUUCCUAAAACUUUUUUGAAAGCGCCGAAUCUUAAUCAUUUCUUUUCAGGGGAAUCGUGGUGUCCAGAACUCGCGAAACUGUCCUCGAAGAGCUGGAAGACUCCUCGAUACUUCAGCUAUGA